AAAAAUUUCUAAAUAAAAAGGAAAGAUACACGAUUUACACGACUACAUAAAUUUCAUAUAAAUAAAGAACAGAUGUGAUUUUGAUUCAUUGUUUUUUAAGCGAGGAAAUGUAAAUAUUGAAUUGGACGAUAAAUACAAAAUCAAGAGUCUGUGAUAAGAAAAUUUAUUAAAAGGAAAAGUGUUGAUAAGAUUUUACAAUUGAAACUUUAGAAUAUGCAAAUAGUUUUUGGUACUCAUAUUACUUCAUAUGUGAAAGUGAUUAAUAAAAAUAACCCAAAUUUGAUUUUAUAUGGUGCAGAGCAUCAUUCAAAAAAUUUUGCUUACUCGCAACAUGAAUUAAUGUUGAUUAUUUAAAAUCUUUAUUAAUAUUGUUAAUCGAAUUUGAAGUGGCCAGCAUACAAAAAAUAUGUCACAAGAAAAUAUAAAUUCACCUUUAUUGGGUGAUCAACAAUCAGAAACGGAACAUCGCCGUCGUAAUUACGGUUCCUCAGCAUCAUUAGAAUCAACAAAUAGUCAACGGAGGAAUAAUAAUCGUGAUUUAUCUAGCUCUGAUGAUCAACGUUCAACUUUAAGUUUUUUUCAAAAAGUUGGAUUUGGAUUAGGUCAUGUUUAUAAUGAUUUGUGUGCAGGUGUAUGGUUUAGCUAUACAUUAUUAUUUAUGCAAGCUGCACUAUUAUUACCAGCAGUUGAAGCUGGUGCAUUAGUUAUGAUAGGACAAGUUGGUGAUGCUUUAGCAACACCAAUAAUAGGUUUACUUACUGAUCGUUUUGGAACAAAACGACAAUGGCAUAUUGCCGGUACAAUUUUAGUAUUUUUAUCAUUUCCAAUGAUAUUUUCUUUAUGUCCAUAUUGUUCAACUGCACCAAAAUGGUGGCCAGCACUAUAUUUUGGAAUAUUUAUAAUAUUAUUUCAAUUCGCAUGGGCUUGUGUACAAAUAACACAUUUUGCUUUAAUUUCUGAAAUGUCAUUAACACAAAAAGAUCGAUCUGACUUAACAUCAGUUAGAUAUGCUGGUUCAGUUUGUUCAAGUGUAAUUGUUUAUGUUAUAACAUGGUGUAUGCUUAGAUCUCAUAGUGGUAAAACUAAUGGAGAUAAUAUUGGGCCAAAUGAUGCUUUCCGGUUUAGAGAUAUUUCAUUAAUAUUAACAUUGAUUGGUACAACAAUGACCGUAUUAUUUCAUUUUUCGUUGGCUUUAAGUGGAUACGAAAAACGAAGAUUAUGUUCUUCAAAUCUUAUUGCAGAAGAAAAUCAAGACGUUAACACAGAUGUAAAUCGUAGAAAAUCUGUCAAUGAAUCAAGUUCCACAAUUACUGUGGGAGAAAAUAGUGGUGAAGAUGAUAAUGUUAUUUCCCCCUCUACUUCACAAGCAGAUCCUAGUAAAUUAAGAAAACCACCAUUAGUUCGAAUCAAUUUCUUUAAAACAAAAGCUUUAUAUCAGAAUGGAUUUCUUUAUGUAUUUGCAAGAUUAUUUAUGACAACAUCAAUGAUUUACUUACCAUUAUGGUUGGACGAAAGAGCUUGGGAUCCAACAAAUUCAACAGAUAUUGGACCAUUUUUACCUACUGGAAACAGUACUAUAAAAAUUAAUGACCUAAAUAAUGGUUUUCUUACCCCAAUGACUCCAGUUCUAUUUACAAUUAAAGAUAUUGUUAACAAAAUUGGUGUAGAACAUUUGGCUACAGUACCGUUAGCAUCAUUUCUAUCUUCAUUUUUGACUUCGGUUAUACUAAAACAAUAUAAUAAUCAACUUGGAAACCGUCUUUCAUUUUUAAUUGGAUCUGUUAUUGGAUUGGGUGCCUGUAUAUGGAUUGCUUUAGCACAUUCUACGGACAUAACUCCAUAUAUGUUAUAUUCAGUAGCUAUGCUAUUCGGAGCUGGAAGUUCAAUUACUAUGAUCAGUAGUAUUUGUAUCAUUGCAGAAAUGAUUGGCCGACAUGUUUAUCAAGGAGGAUUUAUAUAUUCUGUGGUUACAUUUGCCGAUAAAUUUAUUACAGGUAUUGUUAUUGUGAUAAUUGAAAGUUUAAAAUGUAAGGAUCGAACACAAUGUCCUCAAUACUAUAAAAGUAUAUUAGCUUAUGGUUGUGGAUUAGCAGCUGUACUUGGGAUGGUUGUUUUGUUAACAACAGUGUGUAAUGGAAAAAGACGGAAUCAAUUAUCAAAUCAAAAUGAUGAAAGCUCAAAUUUAGUGAUAUAAUCAUAUUUUGCUUAUCAUUAAGAUAAAUAGUAGCGUAAACGAAGACUAAGAUAUUACAUACUUAUUUUGCCAACUAUAUUGAAUUCUAUAGAAAAUUCUUUUUUUUUUUUAAUUUCGUUAAAGUAUUAUAAAUACAUUCCAAUCUAAAAUAUUAAAAAAUAAACAAUAUUGUUUUCCUA